AUGAAAAACACACAAAAUAAAGCUAAUUCUAUCUUUUUCCAAGAUAGUAAAUUUAAAAUACCUGAGAUCAAAAUCAUUAUUUUCCUCUUAAUUACCCUCUGUUUCGGAAUUCUAAAAAAUUCCCAGUUUGCUGUAUGUUCUGAAAUAAGAGGACCUAUAGCUAAUUGCAAGAAUGCCCACGAUAAUUACUAUUAUAAAAAAGCAGGACUAGAGCAAUUGUCUGAGGAUAAACUUUAUAAAGAUAACAAAAUUUUUGGAGUUGGAAAAAAUAUCUUUCCUGAACUAAUUAAUGAACUUGCUGAACUUCCUGAAGUAACCAAAAAUUUGCUAUUAACAGGAAAAUUUGAUAAUACUGAAGAUUUCUUCGAAAGUUUGGUAUAUGUUGAAAAUGAUAUUGAGGAUAAUUCUGAUAAUCAACUCUAUUCUGCUAUAAAUCAUGAUGGAUCUAUGCUUUUUUCAUUUAACGCCAGAGUUAGGAAAAAUGCAAUUGUUCCAAUAUAUUAUAAAAGACCAGUACAAAAGGUACCAUUAGAAGAGAAACUUACCUAUUAUAUUCAUCCCUUAUAUUUAAUUGCAGACUUCCUUGAGACUGAUAUGAGCUCAAAGGCUAUCUUGGACAUUAUUGAACCUCUUAUGCAUAAUAUUACUAUGUACAAUCACGAAUACAAAAAGAGAAAUCUUAUUUACUGUAAGAAACUUAAUAGUAUUAAAAGUAAAGUCUUGGAUACUGAAGGAGGAUACCAUAUACUACAUAAUCUUAUUAAGCGUAAAAGGAGUGGAUCUUUGCGUAUUCUUAAGAAACUUAUUCAAUAUGGUCUGGAUAUUCACAUUUUUGAAAAGUUUCCUCAAUUAUUUACCCUUGCUGUAAGGAAAUCCAAUCAUUCAAUAGUCAGAUUCAUUUUGGAAGAAAUUUCAAAAGUUACAAAUUGUUCUAAAAGUGAGCAAACCACUCUGGAAAACUCAGGCCACAAUUUUAAUUUCACUAUCAACUCUAAUUCAUCUUCUAGUUUUAAUAUUACCAAUAUUUCAUCUAAUCAUACUAAUAUAUAUUCACCCCCUAACGAAUACACUAGAUCAUCAGUUAUUCCUUCUUCUCCUUCCUCUUCCUUAAACUACUUAAAUUCAUCACCUUCAUCAAUAUAUUCUACUUAUUCCACUGAACAGAAGAAUAUUAACUUUGAUUUUCUCAAUAAAUUUCAAAAUGAUGAUUAUUCUGCUUUAUACAUCCACAAGAUCUAUGAUCAUUCCAGACACAAUCAUUUCCAUGAUCAUUAUAAUCAGUCUAAUCAUCACUCUACUGCUUCUGGAGGUAAAAAUAUGAAAUGUGAUCAGAGUAAUCUGGUAAAUAUGGUUGACAAUUACAAUCAUACUUCUCUAUUUUAUGCUGUUGAAAACAAUGAUCUCGAAAUGGCUAAAAUCUUGAUUUCAAAUGGGGCCUGUAUUAAUAUGUGGGAUCCUAGAACCGGUCAAAAUCCUCUUAUGGUAGCUUUGGAGAAUCACAAUGGAGCAAUGCUUAGUUUAAUUAUGGACCAUGGAGGUGAUCCUUUAAGAAUUUCACCUAUUUCAGGUCUCGAUGUAAUGGACCUUGCAAUUAAAGAAAAUGAUGGUAAAAUGAUUGAAAAGAUUGUAAAUCAUAAUAAUUAUGACAUUAACACUUCUGAUAAUGAUAUUGGAUCCAUUAUUUUGGAAUAUGCAACUUUUCAAGAUAAGUCUGAACUUAAGCUUAUAGGCAAGACUUUCAAGAAACAUCUUAAUCGUGAUUACUUCUUUAAACAACUCAAAGAUUAUGAGAAAGAGGCAAGACAUGUUCUUGAUAUUGUUAAAAUCCGAAUUUCAGAUUCAUUAUUAAAUAGAUUGCUCAAGAUGGAAAGCAAAAAGAAAGUUGCAAUAAUUUGUCAGAUAACUGAUGAAGAUGGAAGAGGAGCUCUAUGGUGGUCCGCUUACUAUGGUAAUAUUAAGCAGAUACAAUAUAUACUUGAUUUUUAUAGUAAAGCAAUACGUAAUAAAUGGGUUGGAUAUCAGAAUUGUAAUCCUCACAAGGAUGAUAAGUACGGUAUUUAUCCAUUAAAUUUAAUAAUUCGUAAGGUUUUAAAGAUACCAAAGAAACUAAUUAUUGACAUGCUUCAGUUUAGAGAUCCACAAACUAACUCUACUCUAGUUUUACAGAUUCUCACCAAAUCAAAACAACCUUUAAGAGCAUUAAAGAGUAUAAUCCAUACUCUGAAAGAAAAGUUUAAUAUCUCAUAUUCUUUUAUUAAUAUUUGGCCAAAUGGUUCUAGUAUAACUGACCCAAUAUACUAUUCAAUCAGGAAAAAAUUACCCACAAAAGUUAUUUACUAUCUACUAGAAAUAGCUGUCAAGUACUCUGAGGAGGCCAUGGGAAGUACUUCAAUUUGGAGAAGAAGAGUAAUUAAUUCUGUCCAUAUUUUGAAAAAUGUUAAGAAUGUGGAUAUAUCAUCCAUGUUACAACUCCAUGAGAGUCAUUUUUUACAUUUUGAUCAUCAAGAUGGUAACAUAUUUAAUAAUGACUUUAAUGAUGAUCUAAUGCUUUCUCUUAAGAAAAAGCUGAUUAGGAAUAUGCCUGACAAGAAUGAACGGAAACUUCUCAAAGAGCCAAAAUUAUUCUUUACUAAUAAUGGGGUUGGGUCAAGGAAUAUAUUUGAUAACAAAUGGAGAACUAACAUCAACUUUCUCCUUCAAAACGAAGAUUCCCAGGCAAAAACUCCGUCUAAUACUAUUCCUCCUGAGGAUUUUCCUUUGGUUAUUCUCCCUCCAAAAAUUAGGUCAAUAUUUUCAACUAAAUAUGCAAAAGUUGAUAAUAGCCCUGAAAGCAUUGCAAAGAUUAUUCUUGGAAGAGGUCCUUCACACAAAUCAAUUGAAAACAUCAGAAAACUAAUUGAGUAUGCUAUUGGACUUGGUUCUGAUGACUUUCAAGAUUCAAAUGGAUAUAAUUCUAUUCAUUCCUCUCCUUUAAAUAUGAGUUCUUUAUUCAAAACAGGAAAUCCAGGAAAAAUAUAUACUAACAAAAAUUCUUUUGGGAGUAACUCAAAUAUAGAAAAAAGUCAAAUUAUUAAAAAUGGCAAUGGCCAAAUAUUUAGGAAAAACAGUAAUGACGAUCUUGGAGGUCGCAAAUCUAAAAAUAUGAUAAAGCUGGAAAAAGCUAUUGGGAAAGAAAUGAACGACGGCUCUUAUUCCAAUUCUAACUUGCUUAAAUCUAAAUUCAAAAAGAAAAAUCAUUUGGAUACCUAUGAUCAAGAAAUUGGUGAAUAUGAGAGUACUGCAUCUAGCUCAGAAGACUCAAAACUUUCUUUUUAUGAAUUGUCUAAUCAAAAAUCUUACUAUUCCCAUGAAACUUCUCAAAAUACAGGAAUGUCAUCCCUCUCACAUAAACGCCAAUUUCCUUUUUCAUCAUCUUCCCAGUCAACAUCUCCAGAUAUUUCUAGCCAAAGUUCUGGUUCAAGUUCCUCUUCCUCAUUACCUCCUUCGUCUUAUACUUAUGCCAAUUUCAUCCCAAACCACUUUCUAUAUCCUUUUGGAGAAGCUAGCACUGAUGCAAUUUACUCUAUUGUCAAACUCAGGCCUGAAACUAUUGGUGAAAUCCUUACUAGAGUCAGUUACAAAUCUCCCUCAGAUGCCAUUCGUAUUCUUUCUUUGUUGGAUGCCCUUCCAAGCGAUUUCCCGCCAUUUAAUGUGCAUGCAUAUUCCCCUCUACAAAGGGCCGCCACAAUUUUGUAUAAAUAUAAAGGUCAAAGAGACACUUUACCGGUAUUGCAUGCAUUAUUGUCAUCAAGAUUUGUACAAUUAUUUUCUUCAGAACAGCUAAUGGAGAGUUUGAAUUUGCUUGCUUUAAUUGAUUACAAGCCUUCAAGUACAUUGGAGCUAUUUGGAGGAAUACCAAAUUAUUGUUUGUAUUAUGGAAAUAAAAGUGGGAAUUUCAGGUAUUAUUAUUCAAAAAGUGGUUACUGGGAAAUGAAUUCUUUUUCAAAUGAAAAGGGGACAAUAGAUGACAAUGAUUUCGAUUCUUCAAUUGGAAUUGAUCAUAAAAAAGAUCAUUUUGAAUUUGGAGACCAAAGUUUUGAUACUUUAGAAGAAGAAAAUACUCAAUAUUGGAAUUUUAAGACAAAUUAUGAGAAGAAUAUCAAGUUUAAUAUGAAUGAUAAUGAAAAUGAAAAAAACAAUAUAGGAAAUAAUGAAAGCCUUAGUGCAGAUAAGAUGAAUAAUAGUUGUCCAAUCAAGUUGAUUAUAAUAGAGAAAUUGAAAGAAAUAUCAACUCUUCCUUGGGAAAAGAAGCUGACAGAUUCUGAUAUAAUGUUUCUUAUACUUUGCUUCUUUACUUUAUUAGUAUUGUUUUCUGUAUAUUUUAAUUCGAAUUUAAGCUUUCAUUCAAUGUUUAAUUCUAUAAACAAGAAAAUGAUAAAGUAUUCAAAUCAAUUAAAUUCUGAAAUACCUUUAUCUGGCGUAGAAUGCAAUUUUGCUAUGGAUUUUGGUUUGGUUUUUAUGCUAAAUAUUCCAUUUCCUUCAAAGAAUAAUAUAAAAACAGGGCUUUGGAAUGCUAUAAAAGCUUGCUUUUUAAUUAAUAAAGUUUCUGAUUUUCCAGUAAAAAAGUAUGGAAAUACUCACGAAAAUCAUUAUGAAUCAAUCCAAUAUUCAUUUGUUUCACUAAUAAUAAAGUUUUCAAAUUUCUUUAAUUUAAUUAAAAUAAUUUCAAUUUUGAUUUUUUUUAUAUGGAUUGUAGUUUUCCAAAUUUACGAAGAGAUUGUAUGUUUCAUAAUACUUACUUGUAUUGCAAUUAUUAUAUAUACUUUGCAUGGAUUUAGAAUUGAUGAGAAUAUGUAUAACCAAUUAAGUUCUUGUUUUAAGUACAACAAUGCUUUAUUAUUACCAGAGAUUAUGAUUCUUUAUGAACAAACAAAUAAUCAAGUAAUAAGAAUAGCAAAAAAAGCAAUCAACCUUCAUAGUAACCUUAAAAAUGCCAAACUCUCUCAGAAUCAUGAUGCUAAGGAAUUAUCAACAAAGCAAAUUCAAAAAUUUGAACUUUCAAAAAAUAACUUUUAUCCAGAAAAUACUUAUACAGAGAUUCCAGAAAUUGGGUUAUUGGAAAUAUCAAAAUUUUGUUAUAAUAAUGUAGAGAAAAUUUUCAAAUGUUACCGUUUACUAUUCAUUAUCCAAGUUGUUUGUUUAAUACUUUCUUUUUUAAUCACCAUAAAGUUACCUUUUAAUUGCUAUAAUAACCCAGAAUUUGUAAUCUCUAAAGACUGGAAAUAUAGUUUGACAAAUAUUUCAUUUAUUUUCAAUAAUAUAAACUCUUGCAGGAAACUUUACCAAUUUCAAUAUCCUCAUCUUUUUCAAAUGACCAGAUUUUACCCAUUAACAGUAUCAAUUCUUCAUUUUAUAGCAUUUAUAUAUUAUUGGCAAUUACUUUCAAUGAUUUCAUCCCCUAUUUUAUCAAUAAUACUUGCUUUAUACCACUUUUAUUCACUUGCAAGUGUAUUUAGUUCUGCUAUUUCAACUCCAAUUAGUAUUUUACUUCCAAAUGCUAAAAAUAGCAAACUUUUAAUUUCUCAGUCUUAUUCAUCAAAAGAAAUCAGCAGAACCAAUUCAGUAAGUACUCCUUUGUUCUCUGGAGAGAAGCAACAAUCCAAAGAUAAACAGUCUAGUUAUAAUAAAUCUUUGAUAAUUGAUGAAAAGAACUCAAUAAUAAGCUCAAAUGGAUGUAAUUCACCAAGCCAUGUUAAUUUAACGAAAAACUCUUCAAUUAAUUCUUUAAAAACUCAAAGUAAUUCCAAUAUCAGGUUACAAAGUGUGGGAGAAAUAGCAAACCCUGGAUCUUUUGAUAUUUCCAAUAUGAGAAACCAGAGUGGAAAUAACAGAGUAUGUCAUAACUCCGAUAACUUAUCUUUAACCCCACCACAUAAUACUUUAAAUAUACUUCAAAAUUCAAAUCCAAUUACAACAAGAAGUUUUAUUAAUAAUCAAAGUCCUGAAAUCAGGCUAAGUAAUUUCCUUAAAUUAAACCAUUACUCAACAGAAAUACAGUACCAAGAUUAUGAACACUUUGAAAUGAAUUAUUCCAAGAUUUAUCCUUAUAAAAUUGAGAAUAAUUCUGAAACUUCAUACUACCAAGUUCUUGAAGCACAGAUCUAUCCAUUUUUUAUUUGGGCAGACUCAAGAAGAGCAUCCCAUAGAAUAUGCAAAUAUUUUUGGAAACCUAUUGACUUUUUUAAAGACGUUCUGGCCAUUGUAACUAUUUCUUUUGCAAUGAUGUACUACUAUGUCGAGCUUAAAUCUUUGCCAAUAAAAACUAUAAGAUUAUGGAAUUUAGUUCCAAUCUUUACACUACUUCUUUCUGCAUCAUUAAUAUAUAUAAUGUAUAUUAUGAUUAAAAUUCACAAUCUAACUGUUGAAUUUUGGCAAUGGGUACCUGAUGUUUAUGAUAUUCUUCCUAUAUGUUCAAAUUUAUUGAACUCAGUCGAAACAACCAUGAGAUUAUUACCAUUUCUUACAUCACCAUUUUAUAUUUUAAAUACACCAGUAAAGUUACCUUUACUUUUUGGUUCAAUUUUCAUGAUUGUAAUAUCAAUCAAUUUUAAUUAA